AUGGAUUAUCGUUCAGGGACUCCAAGACGGAUGCCUGGUCACGUUCAACAAAGACAUGGCAAGAGGCUCUAUGAUGUAUCAGUGGACGGACAAAUAUGGAAACGGCACGCUAACCAGUUGCGUCCACGUAUCAUCAAAUUUCGAUCUAUUACAGAGCCAGACACCGAACUCGCUGAACUGCCGUUGCUUCCUUGCUCUACGCCCACGCCAUCGACGACCAGUGCAACCACAACUGCCCUGCAGCCCACACUAGCAAUCGACAACUCACCGUGCACGACAGUGAUGCCUCAAGAGAAGACAGAGCGAGAGUACGCCGUGCACCGCAACGAUUGA